ACAUUCUUCACCUCCAACACUGAAAACAAGCUGCAGACAUAAAAAACAGAAGUUUUCACUAUAAAGAUAAAUCAUCCUAAAGAUUCUCACUCCAUGAAGGAAAACAUCGUCUGUGGGGAAGUUAAUGUGACCAGAACUAAAGUCCUGGUGAAAACCUGUGUGAAAGUUAAAGUGUGACAUAUUAAGUAACGAGCUUGCUCCAGAAACAAGAGCCACGCGUGGAGUGGGCUGCCCAUAGUGGGCGUGUUGCCUCCGUGUUCUGGAAGUCUAAAUUUUGACAACACGCAGGACGACGUCGCGUUUCUCCUCCUUCCCCGUCCGGAUCUUCCCUUAAAGCCGCCGGAUCGGGCGCUGCGAGGCGCAAAGCGCGCAGCGUGUUCUUGGAAACGUCUUGGAAGGUUUACGCACGACGCCACGCCACGCAGCUGGAGCCGGAGCGGGACGCAGUUCAGUUCGGGAAUCUCCUCUUUCCGUGUGUGUCUCCUUCUUUCCUCUCGGAUCUUUCUUUCUUCCUUCCUCCUGCCGUGUCACUCGGUUCUGGGUGACUUCACUGUGACUGUUUCGGGUUGGGGGAGUGGAAACGAGCUUUCCACUCUGAAGGGCAGCAGCGUUUUUUCAAACAGAGCAGACAGAAAGAGAGGAUGAUCCCACCGGCGAACGCAGUUCAGGACGACAGCGGAGGCAAAGAGGACGAGCAGGACCGGGAUGAAGCUCCAAAGUCCCCGACGAUGAGCGCCAGCCAGCAGGAAACCAAGAAUACUGUGAGACCUGAGCAUCAGAAGCGCAAGCUGCAGAGACUCAAACGCUCGCUUUCCUUCAAGACGAAGAGCAUCCGCAGCAAGAGCGCCGACAACUUCUUCCGGACCAGCAGCGAGAACAAGACGGAGCUGCUGUCGGAUGUGAGCAGCAGCACGGGCCAUCUCUGCAACAUCGGGAUGGCCCCGCCGCACACCACCAGCCUGCCCAUCCCUCCGGUGCCGCCCGCCAUCCCCUGCGCCCCGCCGCCGACGUCGCGCUCGCAGGCGCGCAACCCGCUGCAGGUGGACUCGGCCGGACACUGCUUUAUGGAGCACAUCUUCAAGAAGCCCACGUUCUGCGACGUCUGCAACCACAUGAUAGUAGGAACAACAGCCAAGCACGUGGUGUUCCUGGCAGGAAACACAGCGAAGCACGGCCUGCGCUGUAAAGCCUGCAAGAUGAGCCUGCACCACAAAUGUGAGAACGGAGUCGGCCAGCAGCGUUGCAUGGGGAAACUGCCAAAAGGUUUUCGCCGAUACUACAGCUCUCCAUUGCUGAACCAGGAACAGUAUGGCUGCAUUAAAGAAGUCAUGCCCAUCGCCUGUGGGAAUAAGGUGGACCCAGUGUAUGAAGCCCUGAGGUUUGGGACGUCGCUGGCACAAAAGGCCAAGAGGGCAAGCGGCUCAGAUUCUCCACACAGAAACUCGGCCAGCGAUCUGGAUAACGUCCCAGAGGAGGUCGUGGCUCACAGCAGUAGGCAAGAGUUGUCGAGAAAACACAGCGAUGACGUUUUCACAGUUAUGCAGAACGGAGCCGAGUGUUUGUACCUGCCAGAGAGAAAAGCCGAUGACUUACCGAUGGAUCAGAUCCAGCUGCAGAACGAUCCGCUCAAGCUCAACACGUUGGUGGCCUUGUACGAUUUCAGCGCCCAGGAGAGCCACGACCUGGAGAUGAGAGCAGGGGACAGAAUAUUGCUGGCAGAUGAUUCCAACGACGACUGGUGGAAGGGGGUGAUUGAGGACAGGAUCGGCUAUUUCCCAGCAGCCUUUGCUCAUGAGCUGCAGGAGGGAGAUCAGGUGUUCAGGUGCAACAGGACGUUCAUCGGCUGCAAAGAGCAAGGGCAGCUCACUCUGAAGGAGGGGCAGAUCUGUGUGAGCAGUGAGGGCGAGCGCGGCGGCUUCAUCAGAGUGGCGUUUGGAAAGAAGAGAGGCUACGUUCCCUGUGAUGUCCUGGAAAUCAUCUGAGACAAAGACUCUGCAAAAGCAUGACAGGGAUAAAGAGUCAGACUGGAUCAGCCACCAGGAGGUGGAGGAACCGGAGGAGCAGGAAGAGAGGCGUUCACAUCGUCACAAAAUGGAGUUUAAUGGAGCGCUGAUGGGUUUGGCACCAGAAAAAACUCCAUCUCAGACGGUCCUGCUCGAGAAGACGCUGCGACGACAAACUGCAAGGAGACAGGAGAUCACUGUGUCACUGUUUUUUACUUUAAUUUAUAGAGCCUGUGGCUUUUGUUUUGUUUUUCUGUAGUUUAUUUAAAUAUAAGCGGUUGCUCAUGUAAAAGAAAACAGCUUAAAGUGUAAAAACAUAGACGAUUGCUUAUUGAAAUUAUUUUUUACAGCUUUUAUUACAUAAACAGAAUUCUCCUUUUAUAUAGUUUAGCUCCCAAUGCUUUUAUACUACAGGAUUUUCCACAUAAUGUACAGAAGUAAAUAGUAAGUGUAGUUUUCUAUGACAGAGUUACUGACCCCACACAGCAGUACGAAAACAAACAUGUCUCUUCACAAUAAGAGCAUUUAUGCCUUGAUUUGUCCUGAAAGUUUAUGAAUGCGUUUCUAUUAUUUAUGUUUCUACUCAUUUGAGCUCUCUUCUUAACAUCAAACAAAACCUUAUUUUUAUUCUAUAAUGGCUCUGAAACGGUAAAAUUGAAAGAAAAAGAUGAGAAGUAUUUUAUGAUGUGACCCUCACUGUGUCCAAAUUAAUCAGAAACAGUU